AUGCCUUUCGGUCCCCUCAAGGAGGUCAGCAACUCCACCACCUUCACCCUCAACAAUGGCGUGAAGAUCCCUGGUGUCGGUUUCGGCACCUUCGCCAGCGAGGGCGCCAAGGGCGAGACCUACAAGGCCGUCACCGCCGCCCUCAAGACCGGCUACAGGCACCUCGACUGCGCCUGGUUCUACCAGAACGAGGAGGAGGUUGGCGAGGCCAUCCGUGACUUCCUCAAGGAGAACACCAACGUCAAGCGUGAGGAUCUCUUCAUCUGCACCAAGGUGUGGAACCACCUGCACGAGCCCGAGGAGGUCAAGUGGUCGUUCGAGAGCUCGCUGAAGAGGUUCGGCGUCGACUACAUCGACCUCUUCCUCGUCCACUGGCCCAUUGCUGCCGAGAGUGAUGACAACCACAUGCCCAAGAUUGGCGCCGACGGCAAGUACAUCAUCAAGAAGGACCUCACCGAGAACCCCGAGCCCACGUGGCGCGCCAUGGAGGAGCUCUACAACUCGGGCAAGGCCAAGGCCAUUGGUGUCUCCAACUGGACCAUCCCCGGUCUUGAGAAGCUCUUCAAGAUCGCCAAGGUCAAGCCUACCGUCAACCAGAUCGAGAUCCACCCCUUCCUUCCCAACGAAGCCCUCAUCAAGUUCUGCCAGGAGAACGACGUCCUCCCCGCGGCCUACUCGCCUCUUGGUUCGCAGGACCAGGUCCCCAACACGGGCGAGAAGGUCCGCACCAACAAGACCCUCAACGAGGUCGCCCAGCGCAGCGGCAACGACCUCGCCCAGGUUCUGCUGGCCUGGGGUCUCCGCCGCGGCUACGUCGUCCUGCCCAAGAGCUCCACUCCCUCGCGCAUCGAGAGCAACUUCAAGAUCCCCAACCUCUCGGACGAGGACUUCGAGGCUGUCAACGCCGUCGCCAAGGGCCGCCACACUCGUUUCGUCAACAUGAAGGACACCUUUGGCUACAACGUCUGGCCCGAGGAGUCGGUCGAGGCCGGCACCUCUGUUGCUUAA